UCUUUUUUUUUUUUUUUAAAAAAAAAAAAAAGAAAAGGUCUUGAAGGUUACUAUCGAUUAUGAAUCAAGUAUUUUAUGGUAACGACCUUGUAUCCUAUCAACAUUUUAGACAAGCUUAUGAUCAAUUUUUGGAUACUCAUGAUUUACGUCAAGAAUGGCCUAGAACAUGGAAAGAUAGUUUGGAUCCUCAUCAUUUUGAAAUCAUGUGCCUGACUUCUUCUCAACUUCAAUUUCAAGAACUUUUAUAUGAAGUCAUUCUUACUGAAAAGACAUAUGUGGAUGAUUUAACUUUGGCUUAUAAAAUUUUUGCAAAGGAUGCUUUGGCUUGGAGUCAAUUACCUAAAUCACUUCGAUUGAUUUUUGAUAAUUUGCUUCAAAUCAUUCGUCUUCAUCUUGGUUUAUUACAAGAUCUUCGAAAUAAACAAAGAUUACAACAUCCUAUAAUUCGUAGUAUUGCAGAUCAAUUCCUAGGAUAUGCACCUCGAUUUUUGGAUUAUUAUUCUGCUUAUUUUAUCAAUUUCGAAAAAGCUAAUGAUGUCGUGGUUCGUUCUAUGGCUUCCAAAACAGAUCCUCUUGGUAUUUAUUUACGGUCAAGAUCUAGUUGGCCAGAAUGUCGCAAUCUUACAUUACAAUCUUUCUUAUUGAAACCAGUCCAACGGUUAAUGAAAUAUCCUUUAUUCUUUCAAAGUUUAUCCGACUCACUUUCCAACAAUGAUGUGGAUCGCAUUAAUCAUCUUCGUACUUUACAUGAACUCAAGUCUGCUAUACGCAAGAUUGAAAUGGACAAAAAGGAAAGUGAAGAUAUGCGAAAACUCGAAGACUUGGCAGCAAGAAUAAGUGGACUAUCGGGAAACCUUGUUAGUUCUGGAAGACGAUUAGUAUAUGAAGGAUAUUUGACCUUGGUACCCUCUCUUGAAGCACCUUUGAUGCGAUCUGUGACAACUGAUGCCUUAGGUGGACAACAAUAUACUUAUGCACCACAUCCUAAUGUAGGUCAACCUAGAAGCAACUCUUUCUCUUUAGGCUCUUCCAAAAAGUCGAUUUAUGUAUUUUUAUUCAAUGAUGUCAUAUUAUGCACCAAGGUUCGAUCCAAAACUAGACUUUUGGUGGAAGAUGUCAAGGUCGGUAGUUAUUAUGGUCCAAAUCCUCAUUCUCUCUUCAAACUUGUACAAUUACCGGGACAACUGACGUUUGUGGACAGAUCCGUAUCAAGAGUAGUCAAUGGAAGCAAGGACGAAAGUGGAUUAGAACAACAAGGGUCCAGAUCAUCACUUCGAUUUUCUUCUAUUCGUCGAUCACGAUCCAACUAUUCAUCUGUCUCACCCAUGCUCACAUUUGAAGAACAUCCGCAACAAUUCAUUUGCUCGAUUGCAACACGUCAUAUCACCAACUAUCACUUUGAAACAACCACUGCAGAGGAAAAGAAACAAUGGUGUGAUCAUAUGGAAAGUGUUUUGGAAAGUCAUGUACAAAGACCUGAUUGGUGGCAUCCUGAUGGAAAUCAAUCCAUGGACAAUCUCAAUACACCACAGAAUCGGCCAGCCAGUAUCACCAUGUCUAUUCAAUCAUUAGCAGUUCAACAUACACUUGGUUUGACAUUAGAGCAAUCUGAUUCUUUGACUCCGUUAUCUUCAUCCAUAGUGGAUUCAGAACAACAACAACAACAACAACAACAACGAACAACAACAACAACAGGAACAACAACAGGAACAGCAAUAUACCACAGACACCUCUGAACAAUCAUACCCAACACAACAUAAUGAUACUGAAGAAAUGGAUUUGGAUAUACAAGAAUCAACAUUUGAAGAAGGUGCCAUUAGCAGCAAUAGCAGUAGCGAUGAUGAUGGAGAUGAUCCAUCAGCAUCUUAUUCAACAGCCAGAUCAUCUCCAACAACUGGUAUAUCUUAUCAUCAACAAACGAAAAUAGUCAAUUUGGAUUUAUUUGACAAGUGUCCUACUACAGAUACACGUUCGGAUGAUCCUUACUCUAUACGAAUUGAAACACCUCAAACUAUG